AUGUCCCUCGACGCGCACGCGCAGGCCCUCGCGGCGUCGCUGGCCAAGGCCAAGCUCGUGCCCGGCUCAGCCGACGGCCUCAUCCCCGAGAACUUCCAGCCGGCAACCAAGCUCGACGUGGCCUUUGACGGCAAGGCGCUCGAGCUGGGCACCUUCUUCCGCGCCGGCCAGUGCAAGGUGCCGCCGAGCAUCGCCUUCGCCGCCGAGGAGGGCGCCGCGGCGACGACGUCGUACCUGCUGCUGCUGACGGACCCCGACGCGCCGACACCUGACAACCCGCAGUUCGCCUUCUGGAGGCACUGGGUCGUGCCGGGCCUGCAGCCGCUGAGCGAUGGCAAGACGGUCGUGGCCGAGACGAAGCCGGCGCUGACCGAGUACCUGGGGCCGGGACCCAAGGAUGACUCGAAGCCGCACCGAUACCUGUUCCUGCUGUUCCGCGAGCCCGAAGGUCUGCAGCUGACCAAGGAGGACGUCGGCGGGGAGGAGUUUGUGCAGCGGCGGUCGUUCAAGCCGGCCGAGUGGGCUGCGAAGCACGGAUUGAAGCUGGCAGCCGUCAACUGGAUGACGGUGGCCGGCGAUGGCUGGAAGGAGGAGUGA